AGAAACGACCUGAAAUGGUGUUCAGAACGUAACUUGAGGCUUUUUAGGUUGUUUUGAGUAAAAAAAAAUUUUUGAAACAUUUCAAGAUUUUUCAACUUUUUCAACAUCCCUUGAAACUUCCGAUGUGUUUUGCCAGUUUCUUAGCCUUUUUCCGUUUUACAGCAAUUUUCCAGUCAAGCGUCAUUCGAUUUGAGCUAGGAUCUGUUGCCUGGACGCCUACAGGGUUUCCUGCAGGUAUCACGCCUUGGACAGCAGCAUGGCAAGAUAGAUCGAAACCUUACCUGACCAUUCGUCUCAAAGAUGAAACAACUUCAACAUUUGAUUCAGUGGCAUACUCUACGUCUUUAGAAAAUACUUCGUUACAAGAAUAUUGCAGAUUGAUUAAGCGGUACAGAAAUGUGCUGUUCAUGACUGACGACACGAUAGAGGCUAAGCAUUUCAUUUCCUGCUUCUCCCAUUGGCUCAAGACCAUGGACGAAAUUAGAGGCAAGACAAGUUUUAUUGCCAGCGUUGAAGAGAAUGAGAUUUGCACUGCUCAGGAACUUGUGAAACUAUUACGAGAAUAUGGAGCUUUGGUUGAGGUGAAUCGUGAGACCGAAGUGCUCAACAAUUAUUCUGAUCGACGUUGAUUUCAUCCUUAAUCGAAAAUUAUCUUCGGAUGUGUUUGUUUGGCUUGGAAAACGUGGAACAGAAGAACCCUUCUAUCUAAGCAAUGGCAUUGGAGUGAACAGUCAGCUUUACUAUUUGCAAAAUGACAUCAUCGUACUUGCAUAUGCAACGAAGACAAGACCAUGGACGAAAUUAGAGGCAAGACAAGUUUUAUUGCCAGCGUUGAAGAGAAUGAGAUUUGCACUGCUCAGGAACUUGUGAAACUGUUACGAGAAUAUGGUUGGUAUCUCCGUAAAUUUGUGUUUUAUUAUGCACCCCUUAUAUGUCCCAUUGAUAGGUUUUUACUAGAACUAAAUAUAGUUUCAUUUCAAUCCAAUGCAUUUCCCAUGCCUGAUUUUUGCCAUACUUUCCGGGCCCCUGCGCAGAGUCCAAAAAGACCUUGGAAAAUUCCAUGUGAGAGUUGUUUAUAUGCGCGAGGGUUUUUGAAAAAGAAAGGUAAUAAUUUGUUUCUGAAGGCAGAUUUCUGAUUUGUAUUACGUAGACGGGCAUAGUAGUUGAUUGGAAGCAUUUGAUUUGGCUAAGCGUUUUUGGAGCACAUUUAUUCGAGUGAUUCUUGUUCGCAUGUAUAAUUUCAAACAGCAGUGGAAGAGUCUAUUUUUUACGAACGAAUCAACCAUUUCUCAAAAAAAUGCUAUUUGCCGAUAACCUAUGAAAGGACGUACUAGAAAUCAUAAUUACUUUCAUAGAUUUCAUUUAUAAAUAUUGUCGUGAACUCAAUAUUGCUUCGAACGCAACAAUUACAUGAACAGUUCACGAAGCAAGAAAUAGACCUUUUUAAUUUUUACCACGCCGAAAUAAUCACUAAAAUCAUUACAACUCUACUCACUAACCACCACUAAGAAAAGAAUCCCCCUUCACGGGCACACAGCCUCAAUUUAUACUCCUACUUAUUAUUACGUAACUUUACAAAAAUACCUACCGUGAUUACAUCAUACUUGCGAGAUUACCAUCGAACGUUCCAGAAAUUUCUACGCAUACUAAUCAUACCAUGAAUUAUAAUUACAAAGCAAUGUCAGCAGGGAAUAAACAAAGGAAGUCUUAAACAAAACAACCGCAUACGUAAUGUUUCUAAAAAUUAAGUUAGUUUUCAUCACGUGUCUUCGUGGCACUCAGUGACUCCGUCACAUUUCCCCCUCCUUCGGUAGACAAAAAUGGUACAUUUUUGACUGUCUUUUUACAACGUGUUCAAAUCCUUGAUAAUGUGUCCGCAUUUGAGUUAUCCUGUCCUCUCCGAUACUCUACUCUGUAGUUAUACAUCUGUAAUGCCAAACUCCAUCUAGUUAGCCUGCUGUUCUUCUCUUUCAUCUGGUCCAACCAUUUUAAUGCAUUAUGGUCUGUCUGAAUUGAAAACUUCCGGCCAUAUAGAUAAA